AUGAAAGGAUUGCACGGAGGUAUUCCCAUCGCGGUCCUGGCCGCAGUGGCUAGGGCUCAAGUUGAUGUCAUCGGUGGACCUGACGGCUUCAACUCUGGCAACACGGGAGGUGUCAUCACCGACAAUGACUUUGGCCGAGCGAGCGCCGAGGUGAACAAGGACGAUCACCACCUGGAUAUCAACACCAAGACCAAGGUCGAUGUGGACUACGACGCCUACCCCGACCCGUACUGGCACCACUGGCACCCGGACGGCCGGCCUCACUGGAGAAAGGCCCGUGGCCACGGGGGUGACACCGUCAUCGGAGGGCCCAACGGUAUAGACACUGGAAACGACGCGGCCUUGCCCACGAAGAAUGAGGCUGCGUCGAGUGUCAAGGAAGCGAACAUUGACGACCACUCGGACCAUUACAAGGGCAAGGGCAAGGUCGAUGUGGACUCGGACUGGCACCACCACAAGCGUGAGCCCAGCGGUCGAAACCCACCUGCUACCCUGAUUGACGGUCCUGGCGGUAUCGACACUGGCAACAGCGCUUCUUUGCCAACCACCAACAAGUUCGCGUCCUUCUAUAAGGAGCACAAUCAGGAUGAUCACUCGGUCGAUAUCGACCAGAAGUUCAAGUAUGAUUACGAUGUGCACGGCCACCCUUAUCCAGUGCCUGUUCCUGCGCCGCACUGGAAGCGCGAGCCUGGUCAUUCGCACAAACCCCCUGCUACUCUCAUCGACGGCCCUGGUGGUAUUGAUACUGGCAAUGGCGCGUCCUUGCCGACCACCAACCAAUUCGCAUCUGUCUAUAAGGAGCACAAUCAAGACGACCAUUCUGCGGACUUCGACCAGAAGUUCAAGUAUGAUUACGACGUACACGGCCAUCCGUACCCGGUCCCGGUGGCUGUGCCUCACUGGAAGCGCCAACCUGGUCAUUCGCACCCUGCUGCUACACUGAUCGAUGGACCCGGCGGUGUCGAUAGUGGUAACAGUGCUUCCCUGCCGACGACUAACCAGUUUGCCUCAUUCUACAAAGAACACAACCAGGACGACCACUCUGUCGAUGUCGACACGAAGUUUGACUAUGAUCAGGAUAAUCAUUUUCACCCUUAUCCCGUUCCUGUGCCCGCCCAUCCCCAUCACUGGAAGGCUCGCAACCUGGGUGACACUGCCAUCGAUGGCCCCGGCGGUGUUGACACUGGUAGUUCCGCCUCCGUCCCCACGAAGAACGAGCUCGGAGUUGGUUACAGUGAAACCAACAUCGACGAUCAUUCCGUUGACAUUCACCACAAGACUGAUGUCGAUGUUGACACCCACUGGGACUACCCGGUGCCGGUCCCUGUUCACCCUCACUGGCCGCACCACGGGCCGCACCACCUGAAGGGCCGUAACUUUGGAAACACCGCCGUCGACGGCUCAGGAGGCGUUGACAGGGGCAGCGAUGCCUCCAUCCCAACCAAGAAUGCGUUGGCUUUCGGCUACAAAGAAACUAACAUCGAUGAUCACUCCGUCGACAUCGAUACCAAGACCGAUAUUGACAUCGAUACGGACUUUCACGCGGUGCCCUACCCUGUCCACUACCACCCUCACCCGCACCACUUCCACGGCAGAGGAUUGGGUGACACGCUCAUCGAUGGCCCGGGUGGUGUCGACUCAGGCAAUGGCUUCUCCGCUCCCACCGACAACGAGUUUGCCUCGGGCUAUGAUGAGGUGAACAAGGAUGACCAUUCUUUUACGGGCAAGGCUUCUGCCGAUUGGGACAUUGACAACCACUACGCGUACCCGUACCCUUACCCUGUCCCUGGUCACCCCCAUCACCCUGUUGCUGGUCACCCCCAUCACUGGAAGGCUCGCUCACACCCGUCUGUUCAUCCUUGGAAGGAUGUCACGCUCAUUGAUGGCCCUGGUGGAAUUGACACUGGCAAUGACGCCGAUCUUUCGACGACCAACACAUUCCUGUCUGAUUAUGACGAGUUCAACAAGGACGACCACUCGUACACUAGCAAGGCGGCCGCCGAUGUCGAUAUUGACAACCACGUCCCGUACCCAGCGCCUGUCCCCGUCCCUGGCCACCCUCAUCACUGGAAGGCUCGCGGACAUCAUGAGCGUCCUGUCACCGUUAUCGGAGGACCUCACGGCAUCGACACCGGCAACACCGCUGACCUUUCGAGCGUUAAUACUGCCACCAGUGGCUACGACGAGUUCAACCGCGACGAUCAUUCUUUCGACGCCAAGGCCAAGGCCGAUGUUGACAUUGACUACCGUCGCUCUCUCCAUGCGCGUUCCGGAAAUGACCUGAUCGAUGGCCCCGGAGGUAUCGAUACUGGAAAUGGCUUCUCUGCUCCCACGAACAACCACGUCGUCACAGGGUACAGCGAGUACAACGAGGAUGACCACUCGGUUGACGUCGAUUCCAAGACUGACGUUGAUGUUGAUGGGCACUUCCACCCUGUCCCCUUCCCCCAUCCCGUCCCUGUCCCGCACCCUGUGCCUGCUCCCCAUCACCCUGAGCACCCCGAACACCCCGAGCACCCCGAGCACGAGGAGCAUCACGACCACCCCGAGCACGAGGAGCAUCACGACCACCCCGAGCACGAGGAGCACCACGACCACCCUGAGCACGAGGAGCACCACGACCACCCCGAGCACGAGGAGCAUCACGACCACCCCGAGCACGAGGAGCACCACGACCACCCUGAGCACGAGGAGCACCACGAGCCGCCGCCUGCUCCUGCUCCUCACCAUGAACCAGCCCCCGCUCCUGUUCAUGCGCCUGUCCCUGUCGAGGCGCCUACCGCCGAAGCCCAUGUUCCCCACGAACCUCCCAAGCCUAACCCUGCUCCUGAGGCGGUCGGCCAGCACAACCCCCAGGGCGAGGAAACCCACCAGCCUCCCAGCCCCCAAGUCGAAUCUCCUGAGCCCUCGGUGCACUAUGAACCUGCUUCUCCCGCUCCGUACGUGCCGAACACGCCCAACAUGCCGAGUGGCAACACGGGACCAGACUUCUCCCAGCCCAUCGUGCACAGUGCUCCUGCGGCGCCCGCUCCGUCUGCCCCGUUCUUCAAUGAGAACAGUUACCAGCCCGUUCCCCCAGCUGCCUACAACUUCCCAUCGCAAGCUGGUCCUGCCACCUCGGUCGCGCACGCUGCUGAAACCCAACCCGCUGCUGUCUUCCACGGGAUGGCCGCUCCUUCGUCCUCUGUCGCACAUGUCGCCCUGACCUCCACCGUGACCGUGCCCCAGCCCUCCUCCUUCGCCAAGAUCCCCGUCUUCGUGCCGCAGUCAUCCUCGGAUGUCUCGUCUGCUGCACAUGGUCCCGCCUCCAGUACCGUUGUGGUGCACCCGACCGGCGUCGCCGCCUCCUCUCCCACCGCGGCCUCGAGCGCUGCCAUCGCCUCGCGCGCUGACACCGUUUUCACAGGCGGUGUUGCUCACCUCACCCCCCAUGCUGGCGUCUUCUCAGUCGUUUGUGGUGUCGUUGGCCUGUUGGCGUUCGUCCUCUGA